UUUUAAUUGCUAUUGAUAGUUUAAGUUAAAUGUUCAUACACUUUUAUUCCUGGUUAUGGUUGGCCACCAAAAUAUCCAAGCCAAGAUUUCUAUUUGAACACAAAACUAGGGUUUUAGUUAUAGGUUGGCAGAUAAAAAAAUCAAAAAUUUAAAAACUGUGUUUAAACUUGCCAUUCUCCCGGCUAGCUAACUAUAUGGGUAUAAAAAAAACAAUGUUUACUUAUCAAUAAUUUUGGGAUUAAAGUGUGAUCUCUUUAUAACACAUAUUCAGUAUAUAGUAUCAUACUGACUAUGUAUUGUACCAAUGAAGCCAGCUGUUAUGCGUGAUAGAAACACAAGCAAAAAAUUCAGAAUGAGAACACAAGGUAUCAGUAAUCAAAGUAUUUUAUGUGAAUAAACGUAAAAGCCAGCCAACAAUAUAUAGCUAUAGUGUCUGAAAUGUAAAACAAGUGUAAAUAACAAUAAUAUCAACACCAGUGUGAAUAGUCCAAUAGACUGUAAAUAAAGGAGUUGUUUCAGCUAUUGCUGAAGCAUUUGCACAAGUAUUGGAUGUCAUUUUGAAGGUCAGAAAGUGCAGCCUGUAGCAUAAUGAACAAGAAAAAGCAGAAAGGAAAUGUGACAACAUUUGAAUGCUUUGAUUGGUAUGUCGAGCAUGAACCAAAGUGCAUGAGAAAUCAUUUUGGCAGUCCACAGAUUUAAAAUGAAUCCUGCUUUUGGAAGAGGAAGAGGACGUGGUCAGGGUAGAGGACGUAUCAAUCAGAAUGAUUCUCCAUGGUCAGUCAAAACCCCUGCUUCAUCAGAGUCAUCAACAAAAAUAGACUUACCUAUUAAAGGUAGUGAGGUAUCAAAUGAACACGAGAACAUGAGGAUAAAAAUGGUCCGAAUGGCUGAGAAAUACAUGGACAUGGCAGAAAAUGAUGACUCAUCCGAAGAAGAUAUGCACGAAGAUGAAAUUAUAAACAAAACAGUGAAAGAAUAUCAAAAUCUACUUCAAGAUCAAGAAUGUGAAGAAAACCAGUUCUUAAUUGAUGUUUUGCAAUCCGGUGCAGUGACCUGUCUUGUUUGUAUUGAAAAUGUCAAACGAUUAGAUGCCAUAUGGAGUUGUUCACAAUGUUGUUGCAUCUUUCACUUGCAAUGCAUACAAAAGUGGGCGAAAGAAGGUGUAGGCAGGCAAGCACUGAGUUGUAAUGAAGAUAUAAGCAAGCAGAACUUUACAUGGCACUGUCCAAAAUGUCGUCAUGAAUAUACUCAACAAGAAUGUCCUACAAAGUAUAUUUGUUUUUGUGCAAAAGAGGAAAACCCAGCAUUUGAUCCAUGGAUUGUGCCUCAUUCAUGUGGUCAACGUUGUGAGAAACCACUUAUGCCAAAAUGCGGCCAUAACUGUCUCCUUCUUUGUCAUCCAGGUCCAUGCCCACCUUGUCCAAAGACAGUAAACAACAAGUGCCAUUGUGGAAGAAAAGGUCCCAUGUUGAAAAGAUGUAGUAAUAAAAAUUGGUCAUGUGGCAAGACUUGUGAAAGGGACUUGUCAUGUGGACAUCAUACAUGUAAAGAAUUUUGUCACAGUGGUGACUGUCCACCUUGUCCUUUUAAAAGUGAGCAACCAUGCUUAUGUGGAAAGAAUAAUGCUACAAGAGAAUGUGCAAAUCCAGAAUGGUCUUGUGGACAGGAGUGCAGUAAAAAUUUGUCAUGUGGGCACCAUGUAUGUGAAAGAAUUUGCCACUCUGGACCUUGUGGUGAUUGUCCUCGCUCUGGUCUGCGUACAUGUCCAUGUGGAAAAACAGAAUCAACUUUGCCAUGCACAGAAAAUGUUAGCUCUUGUGAAGACACCUGUUUAAAGGACUUGACAUGUGGAAAGCAUAAGUGCACCAAGAGAUGUCAUUAUGGAGCCUGUGAAACUUGUUUACAAGUUGUUGAGAAAACUUGUCGUUGCGCUAGACGAAGAAAAGAAGUCCCAUGCAGUCAGCCGUUUAUUUGCGAUUUCAAAUGUACUAACACUAAAACUUGUGGAAGGCACCAAUGCAAAAGAAAGUGUUGCGAUGGGACAUGUCCACCUUGCGAACAGAUAUGUAAUCGCACGUUAAACUGUCGGAAUCAUAAAUGUCCAUCACCUUGUCAUCAAGGUAUGUGCUAUCCAUGUCCGCUCACGAAGAAAGUGACAUGUUAUUGUACAAAGACUGCAAUCACUGUGCCAUGUGGUAAAGAAAAAACAACCAAGCCACCGAGAUGCAAACAGUCAUGCGGCACACCACCAGACUGUCAUCAUACAUCUAGAGCGAAUCAUCGUUGCCAUUAUGGUAGAUGUCCGCCCUGUAAAUACAAAUGUGAAAAGACUUUGUCAGGGUGUCAACAUUUGUGUCAAGAGACGUGUCAUGAUCACAUUUUUGACAAAGAGGCUACUGAGCUGAACAAACUAAGAUCAGCCAGCAAAAAAGCAGUCCGCGAUGUCUUUGUCUCACUUCCUUGUCCUUCUUGCAAAACGCCAGUUUCUAAAUUGUGUUUAGGCGAGCAUGUGAAUGAAGAUUUUCCGUGUUCCGAAGUGAAACCAUAUUCCUGCAGGCGACCGUGUGGAAGAUUGCUUGCAUGUGGAAACCAUACCUGUGAACGAGAAUGUCACGUGGUCAAGGGUCAUCCCCCUGAAGGAAAGGCUGGACGAAACUGUAUUCCAUGCGAAGAAAUUUGUUUAAAAGACAGGCCUUCUGGUUGCAUUCAUGACUGUAAACUACCCUGUCAUCCAGACCCUUGUCCAGAAUGUGAAACGCAUUUAAAACUCAGCUGUCAUUGUAGUAUGGUGAAAAUGUAUGUUAAAUGCAGUGAAUUUAACAAUGCUGACGACGAGAAAAAAGAUAGUAUACUUUGCUGUAAAGCACGAUGUCCGAAAUUGAUGUCAUGUGGCCAUAUUUGUCCAAAAGUAUGUCACAAGGACGUUUGCGGUGAUCCGGAAGUUUGCGUUGAGAUGACGAAGCUGAAAUGUUCCUGUGGAAGAAAGAAGAAGGAUUUUCCCUGUCCAGAAGUGCGUUCUGGUGUUGCAAAACUUGAUUGUGACGAAAGAUGCAAAGAAAUGAAAGAUAAGAAGAAGAAGGAGCAGAAGGAAAAAGAAGAAUCUGAAAAAGCAGCAGAGUUGAAAAAACAACAGGAGGAGUUGGAGAAGUAUGAGCGAAAGAAACAGGGUAAAAAACGAAAACAAAGGCGUGUGACAGAGACAGAAGACGAAGAAGGUUUCUUUAAAAAGAAUCAAAACUUAAUAAUCAUGAUUACUGUGGUUGUUGUGUUGAUGGUAGCGGUUUUAAUAGGAUUAUCACAAACCAGAUAGGAUUUUUGUAAUAAAUAGAAUAUAAACAAAUUCAAAGAA